AGCUUAUGUUGCGGAAAGUGGGGAUCACUUUAACUUCGCCGAUCUAAAAAUCUAAUCGAAUUCGAACUCUUAUUAGUUUAUUAUUAAUAAAAAAAAAUAUAGUAUUAUAUUCGGCUUCAAAAAACGACGCAUCGUGUACAUAAAAAAUUAAAGUACCUGUAUUAAAUGCGUGAAAGUCAUCCACGAAGUCUCCGAUACUGUGGUUGGCCAUCAGUUACCUGAGGUCUCUUUGGUUGUGACUUUCUAUGUUAUUCUAGUUCGAGAUGUGUGCGUUUUAAGUGCAACUUUGUUUCAUUUAUUUCCUAUUUUGAGUAUGCAUAACGGAGGUAGUACAACGGAUGCAAAGGUCUCCAUCAAAUCCCAAUCAGCCGACGUUGAGUGCGGGAAGUCGGUCGAUGUACAGAGUGAAACUGAAGAAAACAACAUACCUCGAAGAGCAAGACUUUCAAAAACAAGACCAAUUCGUGUCUUGAUUCGAAAGUUGUUAAUUAUGGCAAUAAUAUUAGCAGUGUUAAUUGGUUUAGGGGCUGUUAUUGGAUAUUUCCUGGGAUGGCUUUUCUUAGUUCAAUUAAUAAUUGUUGCUAUAGUGGCUUAUGUAGCUGCCGGAAAGUGGAGAUGGUGGUAUGUUGCCAUAGUGACUGUUCCAAGAGACCUGAAAGCACUUAUUGGUUAUAUUUUUCUGUUAAUACAAGUGAAGUAUUAUCAGAGGAAGAACUUAACAAUAUCUCAAAUUUUCCAAAACCACGUGAAGAAACAUCCAAAUAAGCCUUGUAUUAUAUUUGAGGAUCAAGAAUGGACGUUUGCUCAGGUUGAAGAAUACAGCAAUAAAAUAGCGAAUAUUUUUAGGAGCCACGGUUAUAAGAAGGGCGACGUUGUCGCUUUAUUUUUAGAAAAUAAGCCCGAAUUUGUUGCAAUAUGGUUAGGGCUUUCCAAAAUAGGUGUUGUUGUCCCGCUUAUAAAUACAAAUUUAAGACUGACUACACUUGUACAUUCCAUUACAGUUGCCAAAACUCAGGCAGUAAUUUUUGGCACUGAAUUAUCCGAAGCUAUGAGUGAAAUAUUAGAUAAAAUAGAAUCAGAAGUUGCCUUAUACCAAAUCAGCUGCAAUAAUAACACGGUCAAUGUGGAUCAGAAGUAUCACAAUUUGGAUGCUUUAAUAAAAGAUGCCGCCCCGACGCCUCCGCAAAUUAAAGAAAAAAUAAAUCAUCACGACUGUUUGGUAUACAUCUACACGUCAGGAACGACAGGCAUGCCAAAAGCUGCUGUUAUAAGUAAUUCGAGGUUUAUAUUUAUAGCAGGUGCGAUACAUUGGUUAUGCGGAUUUAAAUCGUCUGAUAUAUUUUAUACGCCCCUUCCUUUAUACCAUACAGCCGGCGGAUGUAUGACAAUAGGUCAAAUGCUUAUUUAUGGUGCUACUAUUGUAAUAAGGAAAAAGUUUUCUGCCUCUGGAUAUUUUGCUGAUUGCCGAAAAUACAAAUGCACAAUUGCACAAUAUAUUGGUGAAAUGUGCAGAUAUAUUUUGGCAGUUCCACCUAGUGAUAAGGACCCAGUACACAAUUUAAGAAUGAUUUUUGGCAACGGAUUACGUCCACAAAUUUGGACAGAAUUUAUACAAAGAUUUCAUAUAGAUAACGUAAGAGAAUUUUAUGGAGCAACAGAAGGAAAUGCUAAUAUAGUAAAUAUUGACAAUACGGUAGGAGCUAUAGGAUUCAUUUCAAGAAUUAUACCAUCCGUCUAUCCGAUUUCAAUAAUUAAAGUGGAUCCGAACACCGGGGAACCCGUAAGAGAUGCCAAUGGAUUGUGUAUGACUUGUAAACCCAACGAGCCAGGCGUGUUUAUAGGCAAAAUAAUUCCCAAUAAUCCAUCCCGAGCUUUCUUGGGAUACGUCGACCAAGAAGCUUCCAAAAAGAAAAUUGUAUACAAUGUGUUUCAUCAUGGUGAUAGUGCCUUCUUAUCUGGAGAUAUUCUGGUGGCAGAUGAGUUCGGAAAUUUGUUCUUUAAAGAUCGAACAGGAGAUACAUUCCGCUGGAAGGGAGAAAAUGUUUCCACGGCCGAAGUAGAAGCUGUAAUGAGUAACUUAGUGGAUUAUAAAGAUGUAGUUGUAUUUGGCGUAGAGAUCAGGGGUCAAGAAGGUCGGGCUGGAAUGGCGGCCAUUUUAGAUCCAGAGGAAAAAGUAGAUUUGAAUGAAUUAGUAAAUGGAUUGAAAAAAUCACUGCCGUCUUACGCUAGGCCAAUUUUCAUUAGAUUGUUAAGGAAAAUAGAUCUGACAGGGACAUACAAAUUGAAGAAAACCGAGCUGCAGCAGAACGGAUUCGACCCAUCGAAAAUUAGUGAUCACAUAUAUUAUUUAGACAGUACUAAAGGGACUUACGAGAAAGUCACAAAAGAAAUAUAUGAUAAAAUUAACGAUGCAAGUAUAAGAGUUUAAUAUACGGUACGUGCUUAAAUUUAACUCUUCAGAAGAGCUGUAUUUAGGAUACACUUAUGUCGCACUUUUUUAAAUGAUGGUCAAUACUAAAAUUUCUGGUUACUUGUGAUAUUAUUAAUAAGUACAUUUUCUAUUAAUAAUUUUUAGGAUCCCUCGUUAUUUGUUUAUAUGGGAUAUUUGUUUCAAAAGAUAAAAAAAGAUCAAAUGUAAAGUUAUUGAUAGAAAUAAUCUUCGGGUGUCAGUUCAUUAUUAUUUUUUUUUAUAACAGUUAACUACGUGUAAAUCGUUAAGAUAGAAACGUAAAAUCAAAGAAAAAGUAGAGUUGGACGAUAGACUCUGAAUCGUUAUUGUGAUUAGUACCAUUAAAAUAAAUAAAGCUAUGUUUCUUGCAAGAGCAGUAAGAGACUUAAAUGCAGACCUACGAAAAUGGCGUAUUAACAAAGAUAUAUCAAAACUUCAAUGACAAACUAAACAACUAUAAUUUACGGAAAACUGACAUAGUAUAGACGCUAACAAUGGACA